AGAGAGAGAGGGGGGGGGGAGAGAGAGGAGAGAGAGAAUUUGCCAUUUCGCUUCAAUGUCUUCUCUCCGUCUGGCUUGCGCGUGAACGCCGUAAAAGUUCAACGGUUGAAUCUUCGGGGUCGCGCAUUCAUAAACACAAUUUCGAUUUCGAAUCUACUUAUAUAUGUAUGUAUGUAUGUAUGUACGUGUAAUCAGUUGAUCUCUCGCAAUCCUUGCAUCAAAUCCUAGGGUUUGCAUCUAUAUCUAAUCGAUCUUGUGCUGGAUUGUGAAUCCGAGGCCUCUCUCUAUCUGUAUAUCUCUCUCGCUCGAUCGCUUCGUAUUCUCGAAUCGAAAGAGUGAUUUGAUUCAGUUAAUCGAUGGAGGCGAUCGAGGAAUUGGCGCAGCUCUCUGAUUCCAUGCGGCAAGCAGCUGCUUUGCUUGCCGAUGAAGACGUCGACGAGACCUCGUCGUCGAGGCGGACCUCGACCUUUCUCAACGUCGUUGCGCUUGGAAAUACUGGGGCGGGUAAAUCAGCUGUAUUGAACAGUCUAAUUGGACAUCCUGCUCUGCCAACGGGUGAAGGUGGCGCUACUCGUGCUCCCAUUUGCAUUGAUUUAUCCAGGGAUAGUUCUUUAAGCAGCAAAUCACUUAUUUUGAACAUUGACAGUAAGAAUCAACAGGUUUCUGCAAGUGCUCUUCGGCAUUCUUUACAAGAUAGACUAAGCAAAAGUUCAGGCAAGAGUCGUGAUGAAAUUUAUUUGAAACUCCGUACAAGUUCAGCUCCAUCACUGAAAUUGAUUGAUUUGCCUGGAGUGGAUAAAGGAGGUUUUGAUGACUCAUUGAGCGUGUAUGUAGAGCACAAUGAUGCAAUAUUGCUGGUUAUAAUUCCCGCGUCACUGGUGCCCGAAAUUUCCUCAUAUAAAGCUCUCAGAAUUGCAAAGGAAUAUGAUGGAGAAAGUACCAGAACUGUUGGCAUUAUUAGUAAAAUAGAUCAAGCUGCUACAGAGCCAAAAACCCUUGCUGCUGUACAGGCUGUUCUUCUGGGUCAGGGACCACGAAGUACAUCUGAUAUCCCUUGGGUUGCACUGAUUGGUCAGACUGUCUCCAUAGCUUCAGCACAGCCUGGAAAUGUUGGGCCUGAUAGCUCUUUAGAAACAGCUUGGCGAGCUGAGAGUGAAAGCCUGAAAUCUAUAUUAACUGGAGCUCCUCAAACAAAGCUUGGGCGAUUAGCUUUGGUGGAGACCCUUGCUCACCAGAUUCGUAGUCGCAUGAAAAUCAGGGUUCCAAAUCUACUGUCAGGGCUUCAGGGGAAAUCUCAAGUAGUGCAAGAUGAGUUAGUAAGGCUUGGUGAACAAAUGGUUAACAGCGCUGAAGGUACAAGAGCUUUGGCAUUGGAGCUUUGUCGUGAAUUCGAGGACAAAUUUCUACAACAUAUUACUACUGGUGAGGGUAGUGGCUGGAAAGUUGUUGCAAGUUUUGAGGGUAACUUUCCCAACAGGAUUAAACAACUCCCCUUAGACAGACAUUUUGAUCUAAACAAUGUCAAGAGGAUCGUGCUCGAAGCAGAUGGCUACCAACCUUAUCUUAUAUCCCCAGAGAAAGGAUUGAGGUCUUUAAUAAAAGGUGUUUUAGAGCUGGCAAAAGAACCUGCACGUUUAUGCGUUGAUGAGGUGCACCGGAUACUUAUGGACAUAGUUUCAGCUGCUGCAAAUGGUACACCUGGUCUUGGAAGAUAUCCUCCUUUCAAGAGAGAGGUUGUGGCAAUUGCAAUUUCUGCAUUAGAAGGGUUUAAGAAUGAGGCAAAGAACAUGGUGGUUGCACUGGUUGAUAUGGAGCGUGCAUUUGUUCCUCCACAACAUUUUAUCCGUUUGGUACAGAGGCGGAUGGAUAGGCAACGGCGAGAGGAAGAACAAUUCACACAGAAAAACCGAACUACUAAAAAGUCUCUUGAGGCAGAGCAAUCCACAUUAAACAGGGCCACUAGUCCCCAGCAAACUGGGGGGACUUUAAAAUCAAUGAAAGAGAAAUCGGGCCAAGAUAAAGAUGCACAAGAGGGGUCAAGCUUGAAGACUGCAGGGCCUGAUGGGGAAAUAACAGCAGGUUUCUUAUUGAAGAAAAGUGCGAAAAAGGAUACAUGGAGUAGAAGAUGGUUUGUUUUUAAUGAAAAAACUGGAAAGCUUGGAUACACCAAAAAACAGGAAGAGAGACAUUUCCAUGGCGUUAUCACCUUGGAGGAAUGUAAUAUUGAAGAAGUUUCUGAUGAAGAACCUUCUACAAAAAAUUCAAAGGACAAAAAGGCAAAUGGACCGGAUUCUGGGAAAACACCCAGUCUUGUAAUCAAGAUCACAAGCAAGGUUCCAUACAAGACGGUUCUUAAAGCUCACAGCGAUGUCUUCUUAAAGGCUGAGAGUGUGGCGGACAAGGUUGAAUGGUUAAAUAAGUUAGGAAAUGUAGCCCAUGUAUCUAAAGGUCCAGGUGGACCUGGUGUCUCGAUGCGGCAGAGUCUUUCUGAUGGUUCUCUUGAUACAAUGACCAGAAGACCUGCUGAUCCAGAGGAAGAACUUAGGUGGAUGUCCCAGGAAGUUCGUGGAUAUGUUGAAGCUGUUCUGAACAGCCUUGCUGCAAAUGUCCCAAAAGCUGUGGUUCUUUGCCAAGUGGAGAAAUCCAAGGAAGACAUGCUUAAUAAAUUGUACAGUUCAGUCAGUGCUCAAAGUACGGCAAGGAUUGAAGAGUUGCUCCAGGAGGACCAAAAUGUUAAACGCAGGAGGGAGCGUUAUCAGAAGCAGUCCUCUCUUCUUUCGAAGCUCACUAGACAACUUAGUAUUCAUGACAAUCGGGCAGCUGCAGCCUCCAAUGUGUUGGAUAGUGCUAAUGGAUCAGAAAGCAGCCCAAGAACCAGCAGUCCUGCUGAUGACUGGAGAUCUGCAUUUGAUGCUGCUGCAAAUGGUCCCUCUGACUCAUACAACUCGUCGAGGCAUGGAUCCAAUGGUCACAGUCGCCGGUAUGUUGACUCCACCCAAAACGGCGAUGCAAGCUUAAGCUCGAAAUCUGGCCGCCGCACUCCGAACCGCAUGCCACCUGCGCCCCCUGGUUCUUCAUACAACAAGUAUUAGCCGAGUUUUGGGACAUGGAUGUUGAUUUCACACAAUCUCUUCCUGGAAGCCUGCUCCCUGCUGCUGCCCCCAUUUUGAGCUCCAGUUAUGUUAUACUAGUAGUAGUAGUGUGGUAGUAGCUUCCAUAGAAUGCGGAAACAUGCUUAUGCAGAUAGGAUUUGCUGAAAAUUCGAUUUUUAUGUUGUCUCAUCGUGUUCCUUCCCUUGCUAAGGGAAUUUGAAGUGUUCCUGCUCUGCAUUUUUCCUUCUUGUGGUGGGUGCUAAAGAUUAUGUAAUUCUAUUUUAUACAGCAUUAGAAGAAAUUAUUAUUUUUCCCUGA